AAAAUCAUAAAAUCUAGCCACUCUCUCUCACACUCAAACACACACCGUGUGUAAAGGUCCAUAUUUUCUCAUAUCCCUAAUUUACCCCUACUCUUUCUUCUUCACAUCAUCAUUUCUCCGUCAGAUUCCACUUCCUCUCAUUUUUUUUUCCUUUUUAUCUUCUCUCUGAAUGAAAAUGACAACUCCAGCGUUGAAGAACAAUUUAUUGCCUCCUGGGCUCGUCUCCAAUCUCCAACAGGUCCUCUCAAACCGCAAACCCGCCGCCGCCGGCGACAGCGACGAAGACGGCGCUAAGCCGAAGCCCGAUAAAGGGGACACCGACUCGGCCCCGCCGCCGCCGGCGGGGGUCGAUCCCGGCGACGAGAAUGAUUCAAGACCGAUAAUCUUGGUCACGAGCAGUGAUGGGAUUGUGUCGCCUGGGCUUUCGUGCCUGGUUGAUGCCCUCGUUCGUGAAGGCGCUUACAGUGUCCACGUCGUUGCCCCUCAAUCGGAUAAGUCUACUUCAGGGCAUUCAGUGUCGUUAAAAGAAACAGUCGAGGUUGUUUCAGCUGAAUAUAAUGGUGCCAUUGCUUAUGAAAUUUCUGGAACUCCAGCAGACUGUGUGUCAUUAGCACUGUCUGGUGCACUGUUUUCAUGGUCGAAGCCUCUAUUGGUAAUAAGUGGUAUCAAUAGAGGCUCUAGCUGUGGCUACCAUACGUUUUAUUCAGGUGUUGUUGCUGGAGCUAGGGAAGCCCUUAUUAAUGGCGUGCCAUCCAUAGCAAUAUCACUAGACUGGAAAAAGGAUGGAAGUAAGGAAAGUGACUUUAAGGAUGCUGUGACUGUGUGCUUACCAAUCAUAAAUGCAGCCAUAAGAGAUAUCGAGAAGGGUUCUUUCCCCAAAGGUUUCUCGUUGGAUAUAGAAGUUCCAGCAUCGCCCUUAACAAACAAGGGGUUAAAGGUUACAAAGAGUAGCUGCUGGAGGUCCACGCUUAGCUGGCAAGCCAUUUCGAGCACUAGGAAUCUAGCUGCUGCACGUUUUGGGGGCGGCCAACCUGGCAUUGGCAUGCAGUUCGCGCAGCUCGGUCGUGAUGCAUCUGCUGCUGGUGCUGCUCGGCGUUUGGCCACUCAAAAGAAGAAUAUUGAGGUUGUUGAAUCAGUUGGUGCUGUUGGUAAAUCUGAUUUUAAAAAGACAACCAAGUAUUUCCGUGCAGAGAUGCUUGACAAGGAACAAGAUGAAGAUGAUGAGGAUCUCGAUUUCAGAGCUCUCGAAAAUGGCUUUGUUGCCAUUACUCCAUUCUCACCCUUCGUGCAUUUAGAUUCAGAGACUGAAACUGCAGCUUCGAAUUGGAUUUCGACUGUGCUGUCAACUGAAACUUGAGAGCAAAAAUGCUUCAGAUAUAACGAGUAAUUAAUGUGUACAUUACUACAUUUGAUGCUGCAAAAAGCUUAGUGAUCCUCGACAGAUAUUUUUUUCCCUUUUUUUUUUUGCUGCUAAGAACAAUGAGGUCGUGUUUUUUUAGAUAUAUUUUCCUGAAAUUCCUGCUAUUUAGAUUUUACUUGAAUUUUUACUGUGAUGAAGCAAAUGCUUCGCUUGGCCUGUUAAUUUAUGUUUUGGGCAAUGUGAAGAUUGCCAUUCUAAUUACUAAAAUGAAUAGUGUUUUUGUUAACAUCUCUUUCUAUAUUUUUAUAUUUCAGUUGAACAUUGCAGUUUGGUUGAUUGUAUUUUUUACCAGUGGAAUGACUGAUACUCUUGCCAGAGUUUAUGAUUCUGAAAAUUUGUUAUUUUCACUUACUUAUGUAUUUAUUUUCACUUUUUUUGUGAGUUAAUAAUUG